AGAGAAACUUUUUAAAUUGAAAGCUGUUAAAUCAAAUUUGAAAAUUAGUUUUAAUGAUCUGCAAAAUGUCUAACACUGCGUCGAGCUGAUGUUAUAUAAUCGUCGUGAGGAUUUCAAAAUCUGUGUAACACAUUCGUUUGCUAUAGCUACAGCAAUUUUAAGCCAUUCGAAAAAAGGAAACAAUCUGUAGACAUGGUAGCUCAAAUCAUACUGCUUGUCAUAUGCUGCAUUUGCUUGAAACACUUUGCCAAGGGUGAAUUUCAACAAAGUCUGGCCAUAACCGACAUCCUGCCGGAGGACAUCAAGCGCUAUGACAAAAUGCGUCCGCCCAAGAAGGAGGGGCAGCCCACCAUAGUUUAUUUUCACGUUACUGUGAUGGGCCUCGACUCCAUCGACGAGAACUCCAUGACCUAUGUGGCGGAUGUGUUCUUCGCGCAAACCUGGAAGGAUCAUCGCCUACGGCUGCCCGAAAAUAUGACGCAAGAGUACCGUCUGCUCGAGGUGGACUGGCUGAAGAAUAUGUGGCGACCCGAUUCCUUCUUCAAGAAUGCCAAGUCGGUUACCUUCCAAACAAUGACCAUUCCCAAUCACUACAUGUGGCUCUACAAGGACAAGACCAUACUCUACAUGGUGAAGCUAACGCUAAAACUGUCCUGCAUCAUGAAUUUCGCCAUCUACCCACAUGACACACAGGAGUGCAAGCUGCAAAUGGAGAGCUUAUCUCACACAACGGAUGAUUUGAUCUUUCAAUGGGAUCCCACCACGCCGCUGGUGGUGGACGAGAACAUUGAGCUGCCGCAGGUGGCGCUGAUACGGAACGAGACCGCUGACUGCACCCAGGUCUAUUCGACGGGAAACUUUACGUGCCUGGAGGUGGUGUUCACGCUGAAGCGGCGCCUGGUCUACUAUGUGUUUAACACCUAUAUACCGACGUGCAUGAUAGUGAUCAUGUCGUGGGUGUCCUUCUGGAUCAAGCCGGAGGCGGCGCCUGCUCGUGUCACGCUGGGCGUGACCUCGCUGCUCACGCUCUCCACGCAGCAUGCGAAGUCGCAGUCGUCUUUGCCGCCCGUCUCCUAUUUGAAGGCUGUGGAUGCCUUCAUGUCCGUCUGCACGGUGUUCGUCUUCAUGGCCCUCAUGGAAUAUUGCCUGAUAAAUAUUGUGCUCAGUGACACGCCCAUACCUAAGCCCAUUGCAUACCCGCCCAAGCCCGUGGCGGGCGAGGCAGGCAAGAAGGAGGGGGAAGGAGGGCCAGCAGCCGGCAGCAAUGCCGCCUCGAAUAAACAGCCCACGAUGUUGCCCCUGGCGGAUGAGAAAAUUGAAAAGAUUGAAAAGAUAUUCGACGAGAUGACCAAAAACAAGCGCAUUGUGACCACUACACGGCGCGUGGUACGUCCUCCGUUAGAUGCGGACGGUCCCUGGAUUCCGCGCCAGGAGUCGCAUAUAAUAUUGACACCAACCAUACGGCCACCGCCUCCGCCGCCGCCAGCACCGGAGCCCGAAUUGCCAAAGCCGAAGCUGACGCCAGCCCAGGAGCGUUUAAAGCGCGCCAUCUACAUCGAUCGAUCGUCGCGCGUGCUCUUCCCGGCGCUAUUUGCCAGCCUCAAUUGCAUCUACUGGAUUGUGUUUUACGAGUAUCUCUAAGAUACUAUCUACUACAUCUACUGUAAAUAUGAUAUGCACGCCCUCUCUCUCUCUCUCUCUCGCUCUCUGCAAGUCGUACAACUUUAUUGAAUGUUAAUUGUUCGCAAAAUAUAUGAAUAUACAUAAAUAUGUAGGACAAAUCUUAAGCUUAGA